AUGGCCUUUGAGCAAGAUAGCUGCCCAGUGCACGAUAAAGAGAAUACGCUUUGUAGCGAGCUUCGGGAAGAAAGCAUCCGCCGGAAUUGCUUGACAUGGGACUCCGACGGCGAGAGGUUUGUGGAGGCUUGCUCUGCGCCUCCUGAGAAGAAGAAACGCAGACCUAAGUGGAAAGAGGACUGGAGCUUGAUCGGCUCGGACAGCCGGCGCCCGGCGCCCCUGCGAAGGUACUUCGACUCCGUUCCCGCAGAGACGCGGCCACCCGUUGAGCCCGUGCGGCCUGAUAUGCGGCGAUUGGAGCCGAACCCUCGCUUCGUGGAAGACGACCGCUUCGAAGCGCUGUUGUACGGCAACGGCUGGCUGGACUGCUGGGGCCAGCUCGGCUCAACGGACAACGACUCGCUGCAUCCACAUCUGAGGCAUAUGUUUGACAAGCGCGGCAUCGAAUCCUCAUACCGACAGCGUCCAACGGCGGAUCACCCGUGGCUGCAGACACUGGCAGCGCGGACACCCGGGCGGCCCUCACCGAGGACUCUGAAGCAGCGUAUCAUUUGCCGGGCCACCGCCCAGAAGCCGCCUCCCGAUCCUUCUGAGCCUGCCCAGAGCAUCCCAUGGGGCGUCAGGUGCCUGCGGUAUGGUGCUGACUUCCAGGCCCACCGCAGUUUGCCCAAACACGAGAAGAUUCCGUGGGUCUACGACCACAAUCGCAGUGAAUCGGAAGACAACACGGUGAUGAACCCGAUCUUGAGGCAUUACUUCGACCAAGAUGGCAUCGAGUCCUCCUUCAGGAACCGUGGACGCCAGUUCGGUCGACCGGUGAAGUCCGUCUUCGGCCGCGAGUUUUCCAAGCCGAAGUUUGUCUCCUUAGCCUCGCUGAGCACGGCUGCAAGCAGCACUUCGCUCCAGGCAUCUCAGAGCCAACCUUCUCUUCGAAGCACGGCGCAGGUCGCUCGACCUGGUGCAGGAAAGAGUCGAGACAAGCGUUGA